AGACGAAGUCCCGACGAGCGUGCGAGCGAGGCUGUGGCGAGGGUGUGCUUUUCCUCAUGUAAAAGUAGCUUAGUGGCGUUGUCAUUUCUGUGUAGAGUAAGCCAGGCGAAAUAUGUCCGUAUAUCACGACGAAAUAGAAAUUGAAGAUUUCGACUUUGACGAAGAAACAGAGACCUAUUAUUAUCCUUGUCCAUGUGGAGAUCGAUUUCAGAUAACUAAGGAAGAAUUGGCUACAGGGGAAGACACAGCUACUUGUCCAAGCUGUUCUCUUAUUGUGAAAGUCAUAUAUGAUCCAGAUGAUUUUGCUGCAUAUGAAGAAGAAACUGUAGCCUUACCAAAGGAGAAACAACUUGCAAUGAACUAAAUACCACUGUAUUAAACUAUCAGCCAAAAUGGGUGGAAGAGGACGUGGAGGUCGAGGUCGGGGGAGGGGCAUGACCUAUGAGCAGCUGGGAGUUCAGAAAGGAGAGGUUUUACCCGAGAGAGUUGUUGGGCCACCAGAAACUUACCCUCCACUUGAGUUCCGCCCUGUGCAGCCUGCACAAGAGAAAAACCUAGCAGAAUCCUACCUCUUAGUGGUGAAGAAAGAAUUCCGAGAACACAUGCAAAAUUCACAGUACUAUAUUCAUCCUGGAGUAAAGAGACCUGAUAUUGAAAGAUACUCAGAUAGAUAUCAGUUACUAGCAAGUCAUCGGGGGCAACUGAAUAUAAACUGGUCUCGGUGUCCAAAGGAACUCAGUCAUUCUAGUGCAGCAGCUAAGAAGAGAAAAAGCUGGACCAAAAAGACUGAUGCCAAAAAGGCAAAAGUGAAAGACCUAAAUGUAAGUGAGGCUUUAGAGGCUUUACAGAAAAAGGAAGAAACACAGACUAAGGAAGGUGUGGAAGAGGAAGGAGAAGAAGAAGGUAAACCUGAGGGUGAAGAAAUAGAGGAAUUAGAAGAGGAUGAUGAAGAGCUUGAUGAGGGUACAGAUUAUGUCAAUAAUUAUUUUGAUAAUGGUGAUAGUUAUAUUGAUGAAGAGGAUGAUGCCCUUGAAGAAGGCGGUGUGUUUUAGUGUCUCAAAUGAAUAGAUUUUUGCUCAUAUCUAUGAUGUCAUCCAAAUUUUAAACCAGUCACCUUCUAUAAUUUAUAUUUAUAAAACGAAAAAAAAAAAUGCAAUUAAAGAAAAAAAAGAUGCAUGGCAACUGUUAGGCAUUUUAUUUGUGUACUUGUUUUCACUUUAAAAAGAUGAAUAUAUUUUUAAGCCUUUUCAUCUUAUUCAUUGUAACUUAUUUGAGAAAUUGAUCAUCAAAGAGUGGAAUGUAAUUUAUAUUGACACUAGAGUCUAUGACUAUAUGAUAGCAAUGAAGGAAACUUUUUGUAUUUAUAAACCAUUUUCAGAUUGCAUAGAAAUGUGCUGGUUUUAUAUAUUUAUUGUCUUUAUAAGAUAAUAUUAAUAAUAAUGAACGAUGUGUGAAAU